AUGGAUCAACAACUCCCUCUCUCUCCGCCUUCUGAGCCGACGCCUUCUCCCACAGCCAAGGCGGUCCCGCAGGACUCCCCUGUCCGCACCACUGCGAUUCACGAACUGCUACCUGAGAUUCGUAUUCCGGGCGAACCAUUACCGCCGCACAAAUACCAUCCAGUUACUUGCACUCCCAUCGACGAAGAAGAAAUACGCUCCCAGAUUGAACAACUACGCCAGGAAUAUCCGACACCAGAAGCGGCCCUGAAGGCGCAAGAAGAAGCUGCCAGGGAAGUGAGGCAAAAGCUGGAAGAUGCCGAGAAGAAGCGCGAAGAAGUGCAGAAAGCUAUGGACAAGAAGAUCAAGGAACGCAACACAGAGAUGAAGGUCUUGUCCAAAUACCAAGAAGUCAAGACUUCGAACAUUGCGUCUUAA